AUGCAAGCUGCUUGGCUAACAUGCGGACUUCUGCUCGCAUGUGCAGCACGCGUGUUGUGGUGGAUGUUGGAGCGAGUGUCUUGGGACCGCAGAAAGAACAGGCGCAGAUGGGCUGACGCGCCGCUGCCUUUACAGUCACUCGUCGUUCUUGGUUCUGGAGGUCACACGAUGGAGAUGCUGUCUCUCCUCAGAGACUUGGACCAAGACAAGUACAAAUGUCAGUUCAUCAUGGGCGAGACAGAUUCCACAUCCUUGAAGAAGGUUCAAGCAGUCCGCCCUGACUUGGCGGCGCAUCCGCAUCGCUUCCAUACGAUUCCACGAAGCAGGGAGGUUGGACAAUCCUGGGCAUCCUCGUUGCCUUCAACCCUGAAGGCUUUCAUCGCCUGCUUGAGUCUCGUCUGGAAACUGCAUCCGCAGGUGUUGAUCGUUAACGGGCCAGGUACGUGCAUACCAGUUGUGGCCGCUGCGCUGCUCUUCGAGCUCGUGACUUUCAGAAGUUGUUCCCUGGUGUUUGUUGAAAGUGUUUGCAGAGUCAAGUCACUGUCCAUGACUGGCAAACUUGUGUACCUCGUGUCAGAUAGCUUCAUCGUGCACUGGCCAGAGCUAGCCGAGAGGUAUCCUAAAGCUCAGUACUUGGGUGUGCUGCUUUGA